AUGGAUUUGGAAAGUGAAUCUGUGGAAGAUAAUGAAGUAAACCCACAAACAGUCUUCCAUGCUGAUGAUAAGGAUAACGAUGAUGGUAGUAAUGAGAUCAGGAACAAUGGGUCAUGUGCUAAUGUGACUGAAAAUGUAGCAAAUACUAGAGUUAAUCAUGUUGACACUGCACAGCCAGUGAAUUUGACUUUGCCGGCUGCCAACUCUCCCGGUGGGGGUUCACCUCCCACCGUCAAAGGGCACGGCUUAAAGAAGUGGAAGAGGAUUAAGAGAAAUUUUCCUAGGGAUGAUAGUGACAAUGCAGUUGAUGAUUCUAGUAAAGUUUUGAAGCGGGGUUUGUCUGGUAAUGGAAACCCAGUUAAGUCUAAGAAUUCACCCCGUGAAAUCAAUCAUAACAGUGAAGGUUCUGUUGGAUCUGUGAAUAUGUUAAGAAAUGUGGGAGUUGUUGAUGGCUUUGCAAUUCAUGGUUCAAGUUCUGAUUCCAGAUUUGCUGUGGGUUCUGCAUUUGCUGCUGGUGCAGAUUCUGAGAACAGUGAGGAUCGGAGUAGCAAGUCUUCUACAGCUGCCAGUGUUCCAAAGGCCAAGUAUGAGCUGCCUGCAGUAUUGGGGCAUGCAAGGGAGAAGAACAGGAUGAAGAGUACCGGUGGAAAGAGUUUGAAUAGUUCAGCUCAAAGGGCCCAACAGGGAAGGGUACAAAUUGAAAGCAGUAAGAAGCAUAGAGGAGACAGGGUCAAGGUUGAGAAGGAAAACUCUUAUUCCAGCGUGGAAUCUGACUCAAGAAGCUCCAACUAUGUGUUUAUGCAGAGUCCAAUUCUGACUAGUAAUGGGAAGCACAGUGGAAGGUCAAUGAGUCAUGACGGAGAAAACAGUGAUGAAGUUCAUGCAAAUGAACAACACUACAGUGAAGAAGUUCAAACUGGUUAUAACAAAGAGAAUGUAGGAGAAGCCGAAUUUUUUUCUCAAGAUGACUUUCUUGCAGACUUGCCAUGGAAGCUUAAGGGUGAAAAAAAUAAGAAUCGCAGGUCCUUAAAAGAUCAGGAUCCUCUCUUUGAGUCUAUCCUUAAUCUCCAGUCUGUACAAGAAGCACUUGCUAAGUGUCAUUCUGUACAGCUUCCUUGUUAUCCUAUGGUAUCACAGCAACUAUGGCCUUGUUUUCCUCAACACUUUCUUCUUGUCCUUCAGGUGGGGUUGAAUAAGAGGGAAUUCUGUUUGCACCUUAUGGGCUCUCAGUUCAAGGGAACUGGUAUUCUUCUAUUUCUUGUGUCUUGUACCAUCCAUCUUGGACAUGACAUUAACGGAGUUAUGUGUCCUCAUGCAGAGGUUCAGAAAUUCGGGGAGAUUGGGAAGGAACCUUUAUCACCGGGUGAUAAUUCAGUGAAUGGUAGUGGUAUACCUGCUGACCUCUCUUCAAGUGAUCCGGGAAUCAGUGAAUCAAAUUUAUCUGACCAUUUGGGUUAUGAAAAGAUUGGACAAACUUCUUCGAAGUCCUUGGAAGUGCAAGUCUUAGGUUUGAAACAAAGUGUGAAGCUUUUGGAAAGCCAGCUGGAUGAGAGUAGGGCUAUGCUUGAGGUGAAGGAGUCCAAGGUUGCUGAACUUGAAGAUAUGAUUAACAUUAGCAAGUCUCCAAAAGAAGAAUCAGGUAGUACCAUAGAUUUAGAGGAGGAAAAAUAUCGAGAGUUAGAGACUGAACUUGAGGGCGUGUUUAGGCAAAUGAUUGAAGCUCAGGUUGAGUAUAUUGCAAUUAAAAGAACCACACAGAGAUUGAAGUUUGCUGCAGGUGGCCAAAUCGCACUACUUAACGAGCAAGAAGAAGUGGCUGGAGAGCAAGCACAGAUGCUGAACAAGCUUGGAGAAGCAGAAAUUAGGGCUGCAAAGCUAAAGGAACGAGCAGAGGAGUUGGGGAAAUAUGGUGGAGAUAUUGUGGCGACUGAAGAGGUUUUCACUAUGCAGAAGAGGUUUUGUAAGAUUACUUCAUGUCUUUUUAUUCAGAUGAUAUUGCUGGGCUUAGCUGUCUGGUUUUUUUUCCUCGCAGACCCCCCAUCAAGGGUGGCUGUACCCACCUGA